UGCGUCUUUGAUUGAUUAUUAACUACAGUAAGUGAUCUUUAUAGUCUGCCGAAAGCAUCAGAGUGGACCAGACUCUACUAUGCGAUGUGCAGUGGUUGAAGUACCUCAUUCUUCUACGAUAAGUCGAGGGGAAUCUUGUUGUUGAUGGUUGGCUUGGCAAAACUGAAACAAUAGUGGACACCCUGAACUCUCUGGAUUUUUAUUUUCGCUGUUGAAGGUUUGAAGAGAGACUUUUAGGAUGAGUGCAGCUGAUUUAAAUAAGUUAAUACAGUUGACAGAGUCUGAAAUUCACUAAAAAGCAUUUUUCUUUCUGCCUGUAGUGUUAUUAUAGGAUUUUGGUAUUGGUUUCUGAUGAACUGGAAUUGAGGACAAUUUAAGAAUAAUUUAGAGAAGAACAUUAAACAUUAGCGAGAUUACAUAACACAGAAAUCCUCCCGAAUCUGAGCAUUCCUAUCGACAGGUCGGAGAGAAGUGUUACUAACAGGAAUCUCCUUCUGCUGCACGAGCCAUGGUUGGAACAGGUGGCCCAGUGGCCACUUUCUCUGUGUGGGAUUAUGUUGUGUUUGCUGGAAUAAUCGUGGGGGCAGCAGGUGUUGGACUCUUCCAGGCCAUCCGGAGCCGAAAGGAGACCAGCAGCUCGGAGUUCUUGCUGGGUGGACGGCAAAUGACAGCUGUGCCUGUUGCCAUGUCACUCACUGCCAGCUUCAUGUCUGGUAUCACAGUCAUUGGCACACCUACUGAAGCCUACCGGUUUGGAGCUGCCUUCUGGAUCUUCGGCUUCGCCUAUGCCAUCAUGUCUACCAUCACUGCUGAGAUCUUUGUCCCGCUUUUCUACAGACUGGGGAUCACCAGUGCCUAUGAGUACCUGGAGAUGCGCUUUAGCCGGACCAUCCGGAUAAUUGGGACAUCAAUGUACAUUGUACAAACGGCCCUGUACACCGGUUUGGUCAUCUAUGCUCCAGCUCUUGCACUAAAUCAAAUCACAGGACUUAAUCUAUGGGGAGUGCUGGUGGCUACAGGAGCGGUGUGCAUCCUCUACUGCACUUUGGGCGGUUUGAAAGCAGUAAUCUGGACAGACGUGCUGCAGAUGGUGAUCAUGCUGGCAGGUUUUGUGGCUGUUAUAGCUCGAGGAGCUGUACUGCAGGGAGGCCUGACGAAGAUUUGGGAAGACGCUGGCCGAGGAGGCCGACUAUAUGCGUUUGAUUUUGACCCAGAUCCUCUGAAGCGUCACACUUUCUGGACUAUCGUAGUCGGUGGCAGCGUGAUGUGGACAUCCAUCUAUGCAAUCAACCAGUCCCAGGUGCAACGCUACAUCUCCUGCAAAACCUUGGGGCAUGCCAAGAUGUCUUUAUAUGUCAACAUGGUUGGCUUGUGGAUAACUGUGAGCCUGGCUGUGUUUUCUGGCCUCACCAUGUACUCCAUUUACAAGGAAUGUGACCCAUUUACAAACGGUGACAUAGACACCCAUGACCAGCUGCUGCCCUACCUUGUGAUGGAUAUGCUGGCAAUCUACCCAGGAAUCCCUGGCUUGUUUGUGGCUGCUGCAUACAGUGGCACCCUUAGCACGGUGUCUUCCAGCAUUAAUGCACUUGUUGCUGUCACAGUGGAAGACUUCAUACUCCCAGUGUUCAAAAACCUCACAGAGAGACAAGUGUCCUGGAUGAACAUGGGCUUGAGUGUUUUCUUUGGUGCCCUGUGUAUUGGGAUGGCUGGCGUUGCUUCACUGAUGGGAAGCGUUUUGCAGGCAGCCCUGUCAGUAUUUGGCAUGAUCAGCGGGCCUCUUCUUGGUCUUUACCUUUUAGGCAUGCUAUUCCGCACAACAAAUUCAACAGGAGGACUUUCGGGAAUGAUCGUUGGUCUGGCUUUGACUCUGUGGGUGGGGAUUGGAGGCCAGAUUUACCCACCAACAGUUGAAAAAACAAAUCCUCUCCCAGUCAGCACUGUGAACUGCAGCACAAUGAGCCAAAACUUCACAACAACAGCUCCAUGGACCAGUCCCGUGACUCUGACCGUGCAGCCCGAUGUGAGGCCACCUCUGGCAGACUCCUGGUACUCUCUGUCCUACGUCUACCUCUCUCUGUUUGGUACACUAAUCACAAUCGUGUCCGGCUUGUUCGUGAGCCUGAUCACAGGUGGAUGCAAACAAGAAAAAAUGAACCCUGAUUUGUUUGUGAGGGCAAGUGACCUGAUCUGCUACAGCUGGUGUAAUAAAUCAGAGGCAUCAGACAUCCCAGAAAAGGCUGCGACAGACUUUCAUAUGGAAACUGACAACCCAGCUUUCACAGACUUUGACGUGAAGAGUCAAGAUAUUGAAAAAGCCACCAAACUGUAAUUCUGCCUUAUCAAUAAAUAAUAUCUUUACGAUUUUUUAUUUUCUAAAGACACAAAUGAAAAGCCACGAUUAUUCUGGUGCUAAAUACAUGUAAUGCAUUGAUUUGCAAAAAGAAAAUAAUUAUGUUUCUAUUACUGGUAUAGAUGUAUUUAUGUUGAUAGAAAUUAUGAUGUGUUUUGCCCCACUAUGACAGAGCAGCUUCCAUUUCCUUAAAAGCAGUGAUGUGGCAACUUUACCGUUAUUGCCUUAGUUCAAUUGUUCUCCCUGAUAGCAGCUGAUAGCUCUAUAUUGUCUACCUGAACACUGUCCUUUAUAUCAUGCUGACACAGACAAGCACACUGGAAUAUGGUUUGAUAUUUUAUAAUGUGAUGAAAAAUGGCUGUUUGUUUUGGACUAUUUGUUUAA